CCCGUCCCGUGGUAAAGUAGCGUUGUCCUCUGUGCUUCGUUAAUUCAUUCAUUCAAUCAUCGGAUGAAUUCUUUGUUUGAGAUGGAAUGGAAGGCUGUCCUGUCGGCGGUGGGGACCCCAUGAGCCUGACUUGUUGCACCUGACCCCAAGCGUCCCUCCUCCUCCUCCACUCCUAUUUUCGGUGUCGUGGCUUCAAUGCCAAACAUAAUUCGGACAGCCUUAUCUUCCUCUGUUUCACCCUCUGCGCCUGCGCCUGCGCCCUCCUAAUGGAGAAAUCUUCGGCGAGCAGCAGCAGCAGCAGAUGGAUGGCGUUCGAGGAAAAGCAGAGUUCCGCUCCCGGCGGGGUGGCCGCCAGCAUAGCUGAGAGGACGGCGGAGUGGGGCCUGCAGGUGGUGAGGUCCGACGCCGGAGAAGGCAGUUUCAAGGCGGUGAGGCGCUCAUCCGGCGAGCAGGGCGGCUUUAUGUCGACGAGGACGUCGGAGGAAUCGGACGUCGGGGCGGCGCUUCCCAGGGUGUCGCAGGAGCUCAAGGAUGCUCUCGCCACUCUGCAGCAGACCUUUGUGGUCUCCGACGCCACCAAACCCGACUGCCCCAUACUCUACGCCAGCAGCGGCUUCUUCACCAUGACUGGCUACUCCUCCAAGGAAGUCGUCGGCCGUAAUUGGCAAGUCCUCUUUCUCCUAACCCCAUCCCCAUCUUCGCUUCUCCCUUUUCUUUUCUUUUUAAUUCACCAACCAAAUAAGACUACUUUUUUUUUCUUUCUUCCAUCCAUGUCAAUGAGCUGAAGAUCAAGUUUAAAAGGAAUUUUUUUCACUUAAUUUAUUCAACAAAAAAAAAAAAGAAAUAAUUAAAAUAAAAAAGUUGGCCCAUAGCGGCGGGUAAAAUCGUUAUUUCGAAUCUGCAGGCAGUGAGGAGAUUGAUAAGAUUUAUGUAGAGUCUUUUGUGUGUUUGCUUUCUUCUGAUUGGAUAAAAUAAAAGAAAGGAGAUUCACUUUAUUAAUUUAUAUAUGGUGUUGCCGUUAGGCCGGGAAAGUAGGGAUGACGAAGAAUGGACAAUUGACUGAUUGCGUGAUUGGUGUCUUUAUCUUAUUUUAAUUAUUAUUAUUUUAUACUCUCUCUCUAUAUGUUUGUUAGCAAUUUAAUUUUAUUAGUUACUGACUGAGUCUGAAUUCGGGCGGGGCGGCAGCCGAUUCCUGCAAGGGCCGGACACAGACGAGAAGGAAGUAGGCAAGAUUCGAGACGCGGUGAAGAAUGGGAGCAGCUACAGCGGCAGGCUUCUCAACUACAAGAAGGAUGGCACUCCUUUCUGGAAUCUCCUCACUGUUACUCCCAUCAAAGAUGACCUCGGCAACACCAUCAAAUUCAUUGGGAUGCAGGUGGAGGUCAGCAAGUACACAGAAGGCAUCGUCGACAAGGCCUUGCGCCCCAAUGGCUUGCCCAAAUCUCUCAUUCGUUACGACGCUCGUCAGAAGGAAAAGGCUCUGGAUUCAAUCACUGAAGUUGUGCAAACGGUCAAGCAUCCCAAGUCCCAUAGACGGGCAACGAGUCACGACAUUGCCAACAAUCUUGAUUUGGUCCUGCCCGAAUCUGCUGAAGUUAUGUCCAUGCCUACGCCUGGUGGAGAAACUCCUCGUUCCGACUCUGGAGCCGGGGCUUUUGGCAUUGGUAGUCCUCAUGUUUAUGCUCACAAACAGAGAAGUUCUCUGAGGAUCUCCUUAAUGGGCCGGUUUAAAGGUCCUUCUAUUAGUUCUUCGAGGAAGUAUGAAGAGCCACCUGUUAUUGAACCGGAGAUUUUGAUGACCAAGGAAGUCAGUCGUACUAACAGUUGGGAACAUGCUGAACGAGAAAGGGACAUGCGCCAAGGUUUUGAUUUGGCAACCACAUUAGAGCGGAUUGAGAAGAAUUUUGUGAUCACAGAUCCAAGACUUCCUGAUAACCCUAUUAUAUUUGCUUCUGAUAGCUUUCUUGAACUAACUGAAUUUACACGCGAAGAAAUUUUGGGAAGGAAUUGUAGGUUUCUACAAGGACCCGAAACAGAUCAAGCGACCGUGUCAAAGAUAAGAGAUGCAAUAAAAGAACAGAGGGAAAUCACGGUUCAGUUGAUCAACUACACUAAAAGUGGAAAGAAAUUCUGGAACUUGUUUCACUUGCAACCAAUGCGCGACCAAAAGGGGGAGCUGCAAUACUUCAUUGGUGUUCAGCUCGAUGGAAGUGAUCAUGUGGAACCCUUAAGAAACCGUCUUUCAGAGAAUGCUGAGCUGCAGAGUGCGAAGUUGGUCAAAGCUACUGCUGAAAAUGUUGACGAGGCCGUUCGAGAACUUCCGGAUGCCAAUUUGAGACCAGAAGAUUUGUGGGCGAUUCAUUCGAAGCCUGUAUUUCCACGGCCUCACAAAAGGGAUAGUUCUUCAUGGAGAGCAAUACAGAAGAUUACCUCUCGUGGUGAAAAGAUUGGGCUGCAUCAUUUCAAGCCCAUUAAACCUUUGGGUUGUGGUGAUACUGGCAGUGUUCAUUUAGUGGAGCUGGAAGAAACAGGUGAACUUUACGCUAUGAAGGCAAUGGAAAAAUCCAUGAUGAUGAACCGUAACAAGGUUCACCGAGCAUGCAUUGAGAGAGAAAUCAUUUCACUUCUGGAUCAUCCUUUUCUUCCAACACUAUAUACCUCCUUCGAGACUUCAACGCAUGUAUGUCUAAUAACAGACUUUUGUCCUGGUGGAGAGCUAUUUGCAGUACUUGACAAGCAACCUAUGAAAUUGUUUAAGGAGGAAUCUGCAAGAUUCUAUGCAGCAGAGGUUGUUAUUGGCUUGGAGUAUCUUCACUGUCUAGGAAUUGUUUACCGGGACUUGAAGCCUGAGAAUAUUUUGAUCCAUCAGGAUGGUCAUGUUGUCUUAACUGACUUCGACCUGUCUUAUAUGGGAUUGUGUAAACCACAGGUUAUAAAACAUCCUCCACCAAACAAUAGAAGAAGAUCCAAGAGUCAGCCUCCUCCGAUGUUUGUUGCAGAACCUAUAGCACAUUCAAAUUCAUUUGUGGGAACUGAAGAAUACAUUGCUCCUGAAAUUAUCACAGGUACAGGCCAUAGUAGUGCUAUUGAUUGGUGGGCUCUUGGGAUUUUGUUGUAUGAGAUGCUGUAUGGUCGCACUCCUUUUAGGGGGAAGAACAGGCAGAAGACAUUUGCCAACAUUUUGCACAAAGAUCUUACAUUUCCGAGUAGCAUACCGGUGAGCCUUGGUGCAAGGCAGUUGGUCUACGGAUUGUUGAACCGAGACCCUGCUAGCCGUUUAGGGUCGAGUACUGGUGCCAAUGAGAUUAAACAACAUCCCUUCUUCCGUGGACUCAAUUGGCCUUUGAUACGCUGCAUGAGUCCACCAGCGCUGGAAGUUCCUCUCCAGUUGAUCGGUAAUGAACCGACAGCCAAAGGUGUUUCGUGGGAAGAUGACGGGGUGUUGACAUCAGCUGCAGACAUGGAAAUUUUUUGAGAAACGGUCAAUCUCUUUGUAGGUGCUCUGCUCGUGCUCCUAUUCUUGUGUUUGAAGCCAAACCCCACUAGUAUUAAUGGUUAUAUAUGUGGAAAGUGGAUUUAAUGUGCUAUCUUCGUCUACCAAAAAAUGCUUUGAUAUUAACGCUUCUCUUGUAAAAUGGCCGCGGGAUCUGUUUUGCUGUUGCACACCUCUCGAUUAGGUAAAGACAAAUGUUGGAUCCCGUUGCAGGUGGGCAUUCUGUUGGUUUGGUCACAAAGCAAGCAGACCGAAGCUGAACGCACCUACGCGUGCCAACCGAGUCUGAAUCAAACUUAAUUUCAAUUCUGUCUGUGUAAUACGAACUAAAAGAAAGUCUAUUCAACUCCGGGUUGACCAAGCACUAGAGCGCCUCUUCACAUCAAAUACACUCUCAGUCUCAAAUAUCGACCCUCCGUAACCAACCCAUCCACAAUUAACUCUCUCUAGCCAUCAAGUGGAUCUCUUCAUUCCCUUUCCUCUCCCAGAAACACCAUUUCACAUUUUCCAUUUUCCAUUUUCGAGCUUAUAGAAUAUCAAGGUCUCCCAAUCGGACUCUAAAAAUCAAUACACAUUUUCCAACGACCAGAAUAGCCUUGCUUUUUUGCUGCUCCAAUAUGAAAAUCCCCAUUCCCAAUUCUAAGCACCAGCCCGAAACCUGUACAUUUGGGAGUCGUUUGGAA